AUGGCACGGACACGAUCAACGAAGCCCUCAACGGCGGCGGCGGCUGAAGAUUCCGGAUCGUCGAAAUCAAAGUCAACAAUAACCCUCGUCCCCCACACUGGCGAGCCGCCCAAAGUCUUUAUUCUCCCCUCCAAGGCAACUCCCGAGGCUCGAAUUGUCACACUCCCCAACCCCCGAAGCUCCCAGCCCUCACGGUAUCUCGUAUGUCCCGAAACCGGCAUCUACGAAUUCGCAAAAGUAGCAGCGCCGAAGAAUGAACCGCGAAGCUGGCUUAUCGAAGCAGCCCCCGCCUCUAAUGCAGCCAAAGUUGAUACCCAGGUGACAAUGGGGUCAGACCUAUUUGUGGCAACCGCCAUGGAUCCCCUUUUUUUGGUUCUGCCUGCAUUGGCCGACGCAAAGGCAUCGAAAGGAUCAGACGAACCGAAGCGACUGUUCUUGUCCAGUGAGGAUCACCUGGACAAGCUACCGCAGGAGAGCUCGCAUCUGUCCGAGAUCUUGCGCUGGGACACAACGCGGCAAUUGAUAGAAAGCCGGAUGGGCGCGGUGUGCGAUACGGUCGAGGCAGGAGAUGAGCGCAUGUUCCGGCUGAAUGAGAAAAAGCUCUUGGAAGUAAUUCUGCAAAAGGCCAAGAGAAUGAGCGACGGCGGCCUUCCGCCAAGUAUGGAAGACAAGUUUGUGAAGAAGGUUCUCGAGGCACCGCUCAUGCAUAGGGUGGUGCGAGCCGCGGACGGUCAAGUCACCAGCAGCGCCGAUUCUGGAACAUCCACGCCGAAGCCCGAUUCUGCAACAUCUCAGUCUACAGCAUCGACCGCAGAGACUGACGCUUCGUCAGUGUCUCAAACAAGCACGGCUGCGACAUCCGUUGCUGGAGAGCAAGCAGAAGAGAGCAUUGUCAGCGCUCUAGAAGCCUCGCCAGAAAUUGUCAAGCAACAAAGGCUAAAGACAGCCUUUGGGUUCAUCUGCGCAAGCUACGUGACCCCGGGACUGGCAGAUAAUCUCCAGCGGAGCUUGACAGGGGCAAGCGGACUGGUCGAUUUCUCCCUCUUGAACGACUAUCUCGCGAGCCUAGAAAAGCUGCGAUCGGAAACGCUGGCGGUGAGGGCGCAAGACUAUUCUCGCAAACGAAACCUGGAUGAGGAAGAGGAUGAAGCUCGAAUGGAGAAGAAGAGGAAGCUUGAAGAAGAGAAAAAGAAGAAGGCAAGCGAGAGUCGUGCAGUUCGGGAGCUCAAAAAGGUCAACACCAGCGGGAUGAAGAAACUAAGUCACUUUUUCCAGAAAAAAUAA